AUGUCGGCAUCUUUCGCCGGUGUGUCCGUCGUCUCCCACGGCGGCGAGUUGUGCCCUUGCGCCGAGUUGUCCGCCGACACCAGCGCGGACUACGCGUACCACCUACUUGUGGUCCAAGACUACACCUGCACCAAGAAAUUCACACCCACCGGUCAGAGCAUCAUCUCCCGUCCUUUCAUAGUCGGAGAUCAUGAGUGGUGCAUCCAGUUCUUCCCUAACGGUGACAAGCCAAGCUGCGCUGACUUCAUUUCUCUCUACCUUCGUCGUCUCAUAGACGACGAUGAUGAUGAAGACAAGUUUGUGGAGGUCAAGUUCAGUUUUAGUUUCAUCGACCAGGUUGAGAAGCAGAAGCCGGUGUACAUUCGUGGAAGUAAGACCUACAAGUUCUCCCGCAGUGAGACGACCUGGGGCAGCGACAGGUUCACAAGGAAAGAUGCACUGGAACAGUCACGUAACAUGAAGUAUGAUGGUUUCACCAUCCGGUGUGACCUCAUUGUCUGCAACACCGAGGUGGCCGCCACAAUUACGCAUGACAUAGGCCAGCACCUCAACAAUCUCCUUCAAACCAAGGUGGGUGCCGACGUGACGUUCGAGGUCAACGGCGAGACGUUUGCCGCACACCGGUGCGUGCUUGCUGCCAGAUCGACAGUCUUCAUGGCGCAGCUCUUUGGCCCCAUGAAGGAAGGCACCGCCACUACAUCUAGCGUCAUACAAAUCCAAGACAUGGAAGCAAGUGUAUUCAGUGCUAUGCUUAGCUUCAUCUACACUGACUCGUUCCCUGAGAUGGAGAAGGAUGACAUGCAGGAGGACGAAGCACAAGCCGUGGAAGAAGAGGAUGAAAUGCGGUUGCAAUGGCUGCAAGAGUUAUUUGCGGCGGCAGACAGAUAUGACCUCCAGCGGCUCAAGUAUAUGUGUGUAAAGCACUUAUCUGAAAACAUACAAGUGAGCUCGGUGGGGUCCAAUCUUGCUCUGGCCGAGCAGCACCACUGUCGCGGUUUGAAGGAGGCAUGCUUUAGGUUCAUCCAAGCCCAAUCUCUUUCAUGUUUGCAAAGAAUAAUGGCAACUGGUGGAUGGGAGUAUUUGAUCACGACCUGUCCCACUGUUUUGAACGACCUCAUUAUCAGGCUUGCUUUAAACCAGCGGAACUAGCACCCUAUGCGUAUAUGUGUAUAUGUGUGAUCUUCUAUAGUUGUGUGCCUUGAUUUUGUCUCGUCCUGAAAUUUGUGUAUGUGCAAAUUGUCUAACACAUG